AUGGAACUAACUGAGAUGCAGAAGAAUUCAUAUGAUUCUGCUGAAACAUGUCAUAUAUGUAUGAAGCCGUUCAGCGAUGAAAAUCGCAAGAUAAGGGAUCAUUGUCAUUACACAGGAUUAUACAGGGGUCCAGCCCAUAACACAUGUAACCUCAAGUAUAGAAUACCUAAUCACGUACCCGUAAUAUUCCACAAUUUAAGUGGCUAUGACGCGCACUUAUUCAUCCGUGAAUUAGGUGAAAAAUAUGACACUCAGGAUACAGGAUGCAUCGCUGAGAACACGGAAAAGUACAUAUCAUUUAAUGUAAGAAUCAAAGUACCAAUUGCAGGCAUGGGGUAUGGCGAAACGUAUAAAAAGAUUGAAAUACGAUUCAUCGAUAGUUGUCGAUUUAUGCCAUCAAGCCUUGAGAAAUUAGCUAAAAAUCUCGAUGAUAAACAAUGCAAAAAUAUACGUUGGUAUUUCACUGAGGAUGACACCUUUAAACUAAUGCGAAGGAAGGGUGUAUAUCCGUAUGAGUGUAUGGAUGGCUGGCAACGAUUCGAGGAUACUGAGAUACCACCGAAGGAGGCAUUCUAUAGUAACCUUAAUAUGAAUUCUAUAAGCGAUGAAGAAUAUGAACAUGCUCAGAAAGUAUGGGAUGCUAUCACCCCAAAAGGCCCGGAGACAACGAUGGGUGAUUACCACGGUGUGUAUUUAGUGACGGACGUUCUGUUGCUUGCCGAUAUCUUUCAGAAUUUUCGCGGCACUAGCCACGGGAACUACAAGCUCGACCCUGCUCACUUUUACAGCGCACCUGGUUUAGCAUGGAAAGCCGCUUUAAAGUAUACUGGUGUAAGGCUGGAGUUGUUAUCAGAUCCCGAUAUGCUUCUCAUGUUUGAGCGCGGAAUACGGGUUGGUAUAACCCAAGCUGUACACCGCUACGCGAGGGCUAAUAAUAAGUACAUGGAGGAUCAGUAUGAUCAUUCUCAGGAAUCAUCGUACCUUCAGUAUCUGGACGCCAACAAUUUAUACGGCUGGGCGAUGCAGCAGCCUCUACCCGCUCAUGGUUUCAAGUGGGUAUCAAAUAUUGAGGUAAUCGAUAAAAAGAAGAUCGAGAAGCUGGUAUCUGAUAACAAACAUGGAUAUCUAUUGGAGGUUGACAUCGAUUACCAGAAGGAGCUUCAUGACAAACAUAAUGAGCUGCCUUUCCUGCCGGAGCGUAGGAUGAUUCACAGGGUCGAGAAAUUGAUACCAAAUCUUGAACACAAGAAGAAUUAUGUGGUGCACAUCGGAGCUUUACAUCAAGCUUUAAAGCAUGGGCUCGAGCUUAGAGAGCGCACUUGUUUCGGUAAGAAACUCACGGGUAUUGAGAUGAGCAGAACGGGUAUUAAGAUGAAUAAGCCCGUCUAUAUUGGUCAGGCUAUUCUAGAUUAG